AAAUUGUUGGGAUGGAAAAAGUUCAGAAACUAGAGACAGGCGGAAAUUUGCGUUACUCAUUCCUUCAUUCCACCACCUAAAGUAUAUAUGCAUCCACUCUGUUAGUGCACUGGAUGAGUAGUGGAAUCUGAUCUUUUCCCAUCCCAUCAAUUUUAGAAUACAAUUUUUUUGUUACCAGUAAAGAGAAUUAUUUCAUUAAAUAUUGUAUUUGACCAAUGUGACACAAAAGUACAUGAAGGAAUUUGUUAUAACAUCAAUAUGUAAAGCUGUUCGCUUGUAAUUUGUAUGAUUGUUCCACAUUUUAUUAGAAUACGUACAAUAUUCAGUAUCCAAUGUUAUACUAUAAUUUCUCUAAUCUAGUGAAAAGUACCAUUCAGAUGAACAGCUGGGUAAGUAAUGACCUAAGCUGUGCCAUGGACAUGGUAAAAAUAAAAGUUGAACCUGCAUCUAGUGAGGAACCACAUGAUUUGUUGGAAGUUGUGUUACGGGAAGACAACCAUUCUCUUGAAGCAUCUCAAAACACAAGUGAAGUCUCUCCAAGUGUUACAGAAGCACUCAGAACUGUUCCUAUGGAAACAUUUUCACAAUCUAUGUAUGGAGUAGUAAAUAAGAUAAAUGAAAAUUAUAAAAAAACAAAGAAGAUGGAGAUGACAGAGCCACUUAGUGACUUGUUAGGAGAUGCUAUCAUUUCCAAGUUCACUGAAAAUGCUGGUGAUAGUAAUGUGAAGAAAGAGAAAGUGGAACAAAGCACUGAGUUGCAGCAACUGGACUAUGGGUGGGAAAACACAGCAGAAUCAACACUUCAGAUGAAUAGCAUGGGUGGAAAACCAUGUUCAACACAACUGUUUUUGAUAAAAGAAGAAGUUCCUAGUGAAAUAACAGCAAGCCACUUUAAUUCUUUAGAACUUUCUGGGAGUAAGAAUAUGAGAAGUUGUGGAGUCUGUAAGAAAACCUGUACAACAUAUUACAAUCUGAAAAGACACCAGAAGAUUCACACCAGAGAAACAACGUAUAGUUGUAAUAUCUGUGGAAAAGAAUUUGGACGAAAAGACAACUUAACCAAACAUCAGAAGAUCCACAAAAGAAAAUCUCACAUUUGUAAUGUUUGUGGCAAAAAAUUCUGUAUGUCUGAAGUGUUAAGAGAACAUAAGAAAAUACAUAAUAAGGAAAAAUUUUACGGUUGUGAUAUCUGUGUUAAAAUCUUUGCAAGUAAAGGAGACUUAAAAAAACAUUAUAGGAUUCAUUCACUAGAAAAACCAUAUAGUUGUGGUGUCUGUGGUAGAGAGUUCUCACUCUCUUCCAACUUAAAAAGACAUCAAAGAAUCCACUCUGAGAAUAAAGAAUACAGUUGUGAUGUUUGUGGAAAAGAAUUUGCUUUGUCUAGGUACUUAAAAGAACAUCAGAAGAUCCAUACUGGUGAGAAACCAUACAGUUGUGAUGUCUGUGGUAAAGACUUUACACAGAAUUCACAUUUAAAAACCCAUCAGGCUAUACACACUGGGUGGAAACAAUACCCGAGGGAAAGACAUUACAGUUGUGGAGUCUGUGAUAAAAAGUUCUCACUGUCUUCCAGCUUAAGACGGCAUCAAAAAAUUCAUUCCGAGAAUAAGGAAUACAGAUGUGAUGUAUGUGGCAAAGAAUUUGCUUUGUCUAAAUACUUAAAAGAACAUCAGAGGAUCCAUACUGGUGAGAAACCAUACAGUUGUGAUGUUUGUGGGAAAGACUUUACACAGUAUUCACAUUUAAAAACUCAUCAGACUAUUCACAGUGGAGAAAAACCACACAUUUGUAGUAUCUGUGGAAAAAACUUUACAAGUAAAGGUGAUUUUAAAAGACAUCAGAGGAUUCAUACUGGAGGAAAAUUGUACAGAUGUAAUAUGUGUGAUAAAGAAUUUAUUUCAUCAUGGAACGUAAAGAGACACUGGAAGACCCACAAUAGUUAGUACCAGACAACAGAAAUAUCUGAAGUAAAGGUCUUUUAAGGGACAAUAACUUAAAAACUGGGAAGCCUGAAAUGUAGAUAAAGAUUUUAUUGUUCUUAACGCUGUACUUCAUCUUUAGCUUAAGAUAACCCAAAUGAAGUUGUGAAUAAACAUUCAAAUACCAUCACUAAGUUAUGAAUAAGCCACUGGUCUAUGUAAUCUAAUGUUUAACAUCAGGUUUUACAAUUUUAUCUUAAUUUUGCAUUCCAGUAAAACAACUGUUUAUACUUCAAUUUAUGAAAUACACAUACAAUAUUUAUAUUAUUUUGCAGCUUGUUACAUAUGAAAUACAUUUGAGGGAAUAUAGAAGUUUUGAUUCAAAAUACGGUUUCUGAUGCCACAAUUCUGUUAAUGUUGCUAUUUAAAAAUGAGUUUCAAUAUUAAUGAAUUUUCUAGUUUUGAAAAAAUAUAUAUAUACGGUGUUUAAUGUGGCUAGAUAUACAACUUCUAACAUGUUUUUAUAGGGGCUCUUCAUGGGAACCCUGUGGGGUUUUCUGGGGAUAUCCUCUCACUUUUCCCUUCCACUGUGAGCUGUAUGUUGUCUUCAGCUCUGGCUCUACAGACGUGGUUCACUACCCUUUAUAACAUUUUGAGUCACGAUGCUAUAUUCUUGCCCGGCUCCAUAUAUAUAUGGGACCUUCUUAUGGCCCCGUUUUUACAACAUGUUGAGUGUGAUACAAUUACUGUGUCCUUUGAGUUGUGGGUAGCUUCUGUGCAACAGUGAUCCACCUUUUGCAUCGGGUUCCCUGUUGGAGCCAGGUGUGGCUCCAAGUGCCAUUUACCGAUCCUACCCUUCACAGCCCUGCCUGUCCCAGCUUCCCAUGGUGCUGCAGUUCACCGUUCUUUGUGGCGAUACACGGUAUUCAGGCAACAAUUCUGGUGACUGCCUGGUGAAUUCUGGACAGGUGAUAGCUCGUCUGGCAAGUUUUGUUCAUUAGAGCAUCUCUUUCCUUUCUGAAGUUCGGGUUCAUAAUGUUCUACCAGAAGGUUUUGUCAUACCCUUUUCCCCUUUCUCCUGUUUCCUUCCUCCUCCUCCUCAGGAUCCCUGGUCACACCAGUGUUUAUCCGAGGCAGUACUUGACCCAACAGGUUAUCGUACCUGCUCCAUGCGGGUUUUACUCCCAUCAGUUUGCCCAUCAGGGUGGUAUACCUUUUUAGUUCCCUACCCUUUGGUCUGAAUUCUGUGCUACAUGUUUCUGUUAAGUGGUUCACCCCUUUGCUCUGCAUAUUCAAUCUCUGGGGCUGAGCUUCCACGUGUACAUGGAUGACUGGCUUCUUCCCUGCCCAUUCCAAACAGGAGUUGGCCAGUCCUAUUCGUUAUUUCCUUCUUGAAGCUGUGCAGGUGGGAUGGUUGAUCAUAUUGGGAAAGUCCGUCCUUCAUUCUACCCAAUACCUUGUACAUCUGAGUGUUUUCUUCAACACUCAUUUUGGUCGGGCCCAAUCUUCUCCUCUCUGACUAUGGAACUGGCUGCUGCUCCCUUGCUUACUACUGGCGAGGCUUUAUCGUUUUUGAGAAGGUGGUCGUCUCUGACACCUCUCAUACCCCUUGGUAGGGCUCAUAUGCAUUUGCUUCAGUGGGCCCUUUAUGAUCAGUAGAACCUUGCACAAGAUUCCUUGGAUGCUCCUAUUCAUCUUCCAUCCUCCUUGAUGGGCAAUCUUCAUUGGUAGUCGGACAAGGACUAUACAUCAGUGGGUGUCCCGCUUCCUCCUCCGUUGCCAGAGUUACAUCUGUUCACUGAUACAUCCCUUCAGGGAUGGCGUGCAUGGUUCAAUCACUAAGAGGUUUCAGAUCGUUGGUCUGCAGAAGAAUGUUCUCUUCACAUCAACGUCCUGGAAUUCCUGGCUGUUCAUUGGGCAUUGAAUCAUUUUCUUUCUAUCAACAACUGUUGCCUGGUUAUGAUCCAUUCCAACAAUUCUACAGUGGUGGCUUAUAUCAUUCAUCAAGGUGGCACUCAAUCAAAAUCCCUGUGUUUUGAAUAUUGGAUCUUCUCUGUUGGACCCACUCCCAUCACAUUCGUUUGAUGGCGAGUCAUAUUCCAGUUGCAUUCAAUCUGGUAGCCGAAUGUCUUUUCUGACUGGAUCGGGUUUAUCCCAUAGACUGGUCCCUACAUCCUGCUGUUUUUUGGUACUGUCAUCAUUUGGGUACUCCCCAUAUCGAUGCAUUUACCUCCAUCACAAAUUACCUCAGUUUGGUCCCCCAAUUCCCCACCCUAGGGCUUUGGCAAUAGAUGCCUUCAGCCAGGAUUGGCCCCACCUGUUUCUUUCUGUUUAUCUUCCUAUCUGAUUACUUCAUUGGGUAGUUUCCCUUAUUCACGUCCAUCUGAUUGUACCUUACUCACCUGCUCAACCAUGAUUCCCUCCGUUCCUUUGGCUCCAGGUGAUCCCUCCUCUCCCUCUUCCCUUACUUCCAAACCUAUUACAUCAACCACAGUCGCCGGUUCUACACACUUCCCGUCCUCUGUCUUCACACCUAGCUUUUUGAAUAGAGCUAGAAAAAUCUGUCAAAAAAAUUGUAUAUUAUUGUAAGAAACUCCAAAUGAAGAUUAUUACCAUAUCAGAAGAGUUAGCACUAGCCAAGCACAGGCCUCGAUUUCAUACUCUAAUGGGGUCCCACUAUAGUUGCUGUAUUUCACUUCACGAUGAAUAUGUGUAAGAACUCAAAUCCUUAUUUGCUAAACUAUGUGUAACCUGUUUGGUAGCACCACAGACUACUUUUAGUUUUUUGGAGUUAUCUACAGUAUAUUUAAAAUACAUCUAUAUCACUUACAGGAAUACAAAUGGAUGGAAAAGUUGAGUAACUUGAGGUACAUACACCAGAGUGGAAACAGUUGAAGGGAAUUUAUAUGAACGUCUACUUACCCCUACCUUCUUACUGUACCACUAUAUCAUGUUUAAAAUGUUUGUACACAGCCUGUAUCUGAUAAAACCAUGGUUAAAACAAUAAAGUACUGGUUUCGAUA